UCCUUGGCAUUCAGCUCUUUCAUUGGGACACUGGCGGAUUUUCGGAACUCAGGGAAGGGUCGGGAACGGAUUAGCAGGAGCUGGGCGGUAAUGUGUGUUUUCCGGCCAUGGAACACGACGAUCUGGACCGCCGCAUAAUGCUCCUUGCUGGUGGUUUCCCGACUGAUUGUGAUAUUUUCAUCUGCUUUGCGAUGUUUUUCACCGCGUUAUCAUGGUUCUUCCUGUUGGUUUUUCUUAUUUGCAAGAGCUCACAGGAGUCCGGUGUGGUCAUUUUCGUGUUUUUAUGGGCUGUUCCUUUUUCAGGUAACAUCUCGACACCCGGCUGGUCCUGUGUGUUCUUCCCUUUUAGCACUUGGAGGAGUUCUUGUCUUUUCUUUUCCCUUUUCCUCUUUUUCUUCUUCUUUACCCUUCUUCCUUUCUUCUUUUACACCCUUAAUUCUUAGUGCCCUUUUAUUACUUCUGCGCAUCAGCGUGUUUGUCUUCAAGUCAUUCCUUUCCCAUACACUUUUAACCAUUAUUGUUUUGGCACUGGUCUUAAUGUUUGUUCCUGCGUUAGAUUCGUUCUGAUUGUUAUGUGUUUACGCCGUCCCCGCCUGCAAUGUUUUGACUCCUCCCCGCAACGUCUUCGUUUUGAUUAUUGGCAUCGUCCGUUAUGU